UCGAUCCUUGGAACAGUGGAAGAGAGUCCCAGGUCGCCUACGUUCCCAGAGUCAAGAUGAAGGCCGUUGCUGUGAUAUGUCUGUUCCUGCUGGCUGCUCAGGCCUCUGCCAACCUCCUCGACGGGCUGGAACACCACGGCCACCAUGGACACGGAGAACACGGAGAGCACGGAGAACACGGGGACCACGCGCAUGGAGAACACGCUCAUGGUGAACACGGCGAGCAUGCUCAUGGAGAACAUGGGGAUCAUGCUCAUGGUGACCACGCCCACGGCGAACAUGGCGAUCAUGCACAUGGAGAACAUGGAGAACAUGGAGAACACGCCCACGGUGACCACGGCGCCGGAGAAGCCCACGGAGAGCACGCCCAUGACGAGGCUCAUGACCACAGCCACGACGACGUCCAGGUGAACCAGGACCCCUUCGCCAGCGCCCUCGCCAGCGAGCUCGGCGGCGGCUUCCUCUCCUUCCCGACCGACGAGCCUGUUGAAUUCUCCACCGCGCCCGCGCCCGCCACCGCCGCCCCCGCCUUCAGCGCCUUUGAACCCGCCGCGCCGUCCUUCGAGCAGGUGCCCCCCGCCCUUGAACCCGCCGCGCCGUCCUUCGAGCAGGUCGCCCCCGCCCUUGAGCCUGCCGCGCCGUCCUUCGAGCAGUCCGCAGCCGCCGAGACGCCCGCGACGGCGACCUUCGCGCCGGCCGCCGCCAACAGCCUCCAGUUCGCUGAAGAACCGAAGAGCAACGACAUCGAGGCGGCGGCGUCGUCCUCGUCAGGAGAGGCCAAGCAGCUGGACAGCGGCAGCGCCCCCUCGGCCCGCUCCUCCGACUACCCCGAGUACGCCGUCGUGCCCCGGACGUCGUUCAGCUGCGCCGCGCAGGAGACCGGCGGCUACUUCGCGGACCCCGAGGCGGAGUGCCAGGUGUUCCACAUCUGCCUGAACGGCCAGAACAUGGGAUCCUUCCUGUGUCCGAACGGCACGCUCUUCCACCAGCAGUACUUCGUGUGCGACUGGUGGUACAACGUGGACUGCGCCGCCGCCACGCAGAGCUACGGCCUCAACGCCCAGAUCGGAGUCGUGCCGGAGUAGAUUUUUCUCUCUCCUUGCCUUCCGUGGGUCGUAGUCGUCGCCCGCGGAUGCCUAGAUUCUCAAUUCUUUCCCUUGGAGUGUUAGGAAGGUGAUUUUUUUCGCAUUCGGAAAGGGAGUAAAAUAUAUUUGUGAUUCUGUGGGAGUUUAGGCUCGAAAAAAAAGUAUUCGAGAAAGCAAGUCAUAUGUUAGGGUAUGUUUUUUUUUGGUCUAAUUAUCUCAUUUGCUUUCUUUUUUUCUUCGGAAAGAAAAUAAUGCAAUAGUGUUCUUGCGCAUAGUGAUAUCGUAUCAAUAGAUUGCCUGGCGGCUCCCCUCCCCCUCCCCCCACACCCUUCUACUACAUUUCAAAUCCGUAGUGUAGAAUCAGCGAACUCGUCCCUCGAAAACAAAAAACAAAUAAAACAAUUAAUAAUACAAUCCCUCACAAAAAAAUAACAAAAACAAAAACGAAACACAUAUGGUGGAGCUUUUUCUAUAUAUAUUUUUUUUCAUAUUUUUUCAGUUCUUUGCCGUAAUUUAUGAUCAUUGCUUCGCUAAGUGUGGACAUUGUAUUUAUAAGCAAGCUUUAGGAAGUGAGGUUAAUGAACGAGUGUUCGAAUGUAUGUGUUCAUUAACUUUUUAUAUUUUCUAUUCGUGUAUUCAUGCGUAAGUUUGUGGCAUUGUAUGUGCAUAUGAAAAUCGAUACAGAUAUGUGUGUGUAUGUCUGUGUGUAAUAGUAUAAAGUGUAAAGAAUAUGUAAAGUUCAUCUUGACAGAAAAAAAGAGUAUGAAUGUGUUCGAUUCGGUGCAUUCGAGUCUUGCAGUGUGGCAAUCAUGUUCUCUCUGUGCCAUAGAUCAGACGGAAGCCAGAGUGAUGUUGUGAAUAAAUAAAAAGCAUAAACAAUUCUAAAAGUAUCAUCAAAAAGAUAAGCUCAUUCAUAAAAUCACAUUUGAAAUAGUUAAUAACAUUUUCAGUAAUACACUUAACAAUGGCACAUUCAAGUACAAAUAAUGUCGAGUACAUAAAACGAACACACAUUCACAUACACACAUUAACAGACAUCAUGUCAUUAUUUUGUAUUUCUCAUUCAUCAUCACUUUUAUUCUGUGUUCUCUCUCAUCUACUCUGUUCAUUUGCUUAUUUUCUCUCUCCUUUUUCUUUUAUCUUGUGGUCUAAUUUCUUCCCUUUUCCUCUGUUUUUUUCUCUUUUCUUUAUAUUUCUUCGGUUUCUGUUAAUUAAGAGUUUAUCUUUAUUUGUUCCUAUUCCACAUCCUCCUCCUCCCCCUCUUCCUCCUCCUCCUACUCCCCCUCCUCCUACUCCUCCUUCUCCUCCUCCUCCUUCUCUUCCUCCUCCUCCUCCUACUCCCCCUCCUCCUACUCCUCCGUCUUUUCCUCCUCCGCCUAUUCCUCCUCCUCCUCCUCCUCCUUCUUCUUCAUUUUUUUCUCUUCACCUUCCUCCUCCUCCUCUUCCUUUUUCUUCUUCUUCUUCUUUUUCUUCUUCUUCUUCUUCUUUUUCUUCUCAUCUCCUCCUCUUCAUCUUUCAUCUCUUCGCCAUUUCUUCUAUGUCAUCCUUAUUAUCCUUUUUCUUUUUCGUCUUCAUUUUCUCCUCCUCCUCCUCCUCCUUCUCCUUCCUCUUCCUCUUCUCAUUUAUCUUCACAUUCCUCUCUACUCAAACCCACCAUGUAUUUCCUUUAUUCCCAACACUUGACCAUUUCCCUGUUUCCCUAAAUUCCCUUCUCUCUAUCUCCUACCUUCGUCAUUUCCUUUUCCUUCUUUCCUCUCUCUCUUUGUCCUCAUCCUCUGGCUUUUUUUUCAAUUCCCUUCGUCUGGUCUGUAUGAGUCGUUGUGUAUAUAUUUUAUUCUGGUAAUAAAAUAUAACUUUGUA